AUUCUUGAGCGAACAAUUUUCGCUUUGCAUAGUCUUUUUUUAAUGAAAAUAUGAAUUCUCAUGAAAAAUUAAGCUAUAUAAAUGAGAUUGAAAAGCUCAAAAAAGAACUAAAGGAUAAAAAUGACCUUAUAAAUCAAUUGAAUAACUCUCUUAAUGGAGACGAAAAAUUACCCAAAGUUCAGUCUCUAGAUUAUUCGCUAAACAAGGAGGCAAUAAGCAAUCUAAACAAUGAAAACAUAUUAAGAUAUAGCAGGCAAUUAAUUCUACCAGAGAUUGGGGUAAAAGGUCAACUUCGACUUUCAAACACAAGUGUACUAAUCGUUGGAGCAGGGGGUUUAGGAUGUCCUUCAGCAAUUUAUUUAGCUGCUGCAGGAAUUGGAACUAUUGGUGUUGUUGACUAUGAUGAAAUUGAAUUAAGUAAUCUACACCGUCAAAUUUUACAUACUGAAUCGAGAACCGGUCUAAAGAAAUCUGCCUCUGUAGCUGCAUCGUGUUCUAACUUGAACUCGUCAGUUAAAUGUAUUCCGUAUCAUACGGUUUUAAGCAGUAAAAAUGCCCUAGAAUUGAUAAAUCAAUAUGAUAUAAUUGUAGAUGCUACUGAUAAUGUAGCAACAAGAUAUUUAUUGAAUGACGCUGCUGUUUUAUGUCAGAAGCCUCUAGUCUCUGGAAGUGCUUUAAAAUUUGAAGGCCAGUUAACUGUGUAUAAUUACCAAAAUGGACCAUGCUUUAGAUGUCUCUUCCCUAAACCUCCACCACCGGAGACGGUGACCAAUUGCUCAGACGGAGGAGUCUUGGGAGUAGUGCCUGGAAUAAUUGGUUCAUUACAAGCAUUAGAAGUAAUAAAAAUUGCUAUUGGGUUACCUGAUACCUUUAAGCAGAGACUGCUUCUUUUUGAUGGUCUCGCAGGGUCUUUUAGAAAUAUUGGCUUGAGACCAAGGCAAAAAAAUUGCGCUGUUUGUGGGGAUGAUCCUUCGAUAAAAGAGUUAAUUGACUAUGAGCAAUUUUGUGGGGCAAAAGCAGAUGAUAAGGGCAAAAAUUUGACUAUUUUGGAACAAAGUCAAAGAAUUUCAGCAAAAGAGUUUUCAGAGAUAUUGAAGAGUAAAGAAAAACAUUUAUUAAUUGAUGUAAGGUCGCCAGUUGAAUUGGAGAUAUGCGAUUUAGGAGAAUGUUUAAAUAUUCCCAUCGGAAGUAUAGAAAAGGAAGACCAACUAAAAUGCAUCGAGAACACAAUAAAAGACAAUAAUAUCAAUAAAGUUUUUGUGGUUUGUCGAAAAGGCAAUGAUUCCCAAAUCGCCGUCAAAUUCUUUCAGGAAAAGUUAACGUCGUUGGGAAUCUGCUUCCAAGAUAUCAGAGGAGGAUUGUACGCUUGGCAGAAAAGUGUUGAUCAAUCUCUUCCCCUAUACUAA